UAUUAUAUCAAAGUGAAUUAAUACAAGAUUCAUAUUUAGAAGUCAUAGUAAAUUAUGCUCAAGUAUUUGGAUGGUUAAAAGUUUUGAAAUAUCAACAACCUCAUCCUUGGUAUAGUCAAGGAUUUUCUGUGAAAGCUUUAAAAAAUGCUAAAAAUUUUAUACCAGUUAUUGAAAAGGCUCAACCUUUCGAGGAACCUGUUUAUGGUAUUUAA